AUGAUACUGAGGCUACACCUACUACUGGCCGCUAUCGCCGGUGCACUGGCUGUCCGUGAAGACACAUCCUUCGCCUUCACCGGCUACGGCAACGUCUUCGGAGGUGGUAUUUCCGCACCCGGAUCCUCAAGCUACGAGCCCCUGCAGACGGCUGCCGCGGAGCCUGUGCCUCAAAAGGCAGCUGUCGCGAGACCAGCUUCGUCGGUCACCGUCCUUGAGAAGCCAUCCAGGCUCCGACUAGCCCGCCCACCAGCGGUCCACGUCCUGCCGACCGCGGCAGCCCCCGCCGGCCAAGUAUCGGUGCAGGCACCCGGCACCUCGACCGUCACAACCUACCCAGCCGGCGCGCAGGCCGUCACCUUCCAGCGACCGCUCAUCUACGCCGCCCCUCCACCGCUGCAGUACGUCGCCGCCGCUCCGCAGCAGGUAUACUUCGCUCAACACGGCAGCGUAGGCGUAGCCGCACCUCCCGCGACAGCUACGAAGACCGUGGUAGCCGCUGCAGCAGCGCCGGCAGACCCAGCAACCGCUAAAGCCAAGACUGCGACUGCUACCGGUGCCACCGCUGGCGCUACGGUUACUUCUGCCGGUGCCGCGGUUGUCACCUCCGCUAAGCCAACGGCCGUCACCGUCUCCCGACCUGUUGCCGUCACCUACCCGCCGGCACAGACGUACCUCUUCCAGAGGCCCGCGUACGCCUAUCCAGGAGCCGCGGCGACCGCCGGCGUUCAGGCUCCGGUCCAGGUGACCUACAUGAGGCCCCUGUACCAGCAGACACCGUACGGCCUCCAACCGGCUGGCUUUGCACCCGCCGCAAGCCCCGUCUACCAGAGGCCUCUGGUGGCCUAUCAACACGGCGCUGCGGCCGCCCCUCUGACCGUCGCCUAUCCGGGAGCGCUGAGGACGCUGGCGGGAGCGCCGGGCGUGUUCGCUGCUCCUCACGUGGCCAUGCCGUUUGCAGCCGCCGCUCCUCUGGUAUCGGCUGUUCACGGAGCCGCCGCCGCCCCGGUCGCCGGCAUGCCAGCUUACGGGCUGGCCAGGCAGGUGAUCGCGCCAUUCCCGGGAAACGUGGCCGUAGCUAGGCCUCAGCUGACGUACGCGCAGCCGGCUUACGGAGCGCCCUUGAGCUACGGGCACGGGGCGGCCCUGACCUAUGCGCCGGCUGCCGUUCAGCCGACGCAAGUCCUUCGGCCAGCGAAGUCCAAGAAGUAA